AUGCAUUCUUUUGGAUACAGGGCGAAUGCUCUUCUCACGUUCGCUAUCACGAUACUUGCCUUUAUCUGCGCAAUUGCUUCCUUCUCUGACAACUUUAGUAACCAAACUCCCUCUGCUCAGAUCCAGAUAUUGAAUAUCAAUUGGUUUCAGAAGCAGCCUCAUGGAAAUGAUGAGGUUAGGUUUCAUGGUCUUACCCUCCUUGUAUUCGCAUUUGUAGCAGCAGAGUAUAAAACCUCAAAGAACUCCCUAAAUCAGGUUUCUCUAUGGGAUGCCAUAAUACCCGAGAAAGAGCAAGCUAAAUUCUGGAUUCAAAUCUCAAACAAGUACCGUUUCAUAGACCAGGGACACAACCUCAGAGGGAAAGACUUUAAUCUGACACUACACUGGCAUGUCAUGCCCAAGACUGGCAAGAUGUUUGCUGACAAAAUAGUCAUGUCUGGUUAUCGUUUACCCAAUGCAUACAGAUGA